GUGUGACUGAGCUGUACGGUAUGCAGAAUGGGCCAAUCACUCUCUUUCAGCAGUGGUAGCGCUUCACAUUGCACAGUGACCGCCAGACGAGAGCGUGUACGAGUUGUUUGUGUGGCACAUACCGGUGACCGGUUAGACGAGAAUCCGAUGAAAACUAAGACGCUGCAAAGCGUUCAGACGUGCUGGCAGGACGAUUUUAAAGUAGGAAAAUCUCGCGUAAGUGUUCGUGAGCCAAAAAGACUGAACAGAGAGUUUUUAAACAAGCGUUCUACCGGUAAUCAACAUGUACCCGAAAACUUGAUACUUUCGAGAUGGGAGACGGACUUAUCUAUCGAUGCGAGCUUCGGUUCCGUCUCGGAUUCCCGAAGAGGAGAGAAAGGAGUGCCUCAGGGAAACCAUGAGUGUGGCGUCUUGCGGUGGGACAUGGAAAAAGUGUCGCAAGGAGAUGCCGUGCCUCCAGGCACAGUUGCGGAGGAACGUCUGACCCAAUGUCUGAACACGCCAGACUUUCUGGUAGAGCAGACCACAAACGCUUGCGUGUUCAGUUGCUCGUCUCCAUUAGCCAAAGAAAUUACCAAAACGAGUGCGCCGAAAACCUCUCUGCAAGGAUGCCGGUGUGGCACCUUUACGCACAUGGAAGAGGAGCCAAAUCAACUCACUCCUCCUGCACAAACCUCAAGCCCCUUCACUGGGACUAUUCCUAAACUAAUUGUCACUUCUGAUGAUUUAACUUCUGACCAAGACGGCGCACACAGUCCGCGUAUUAGGGAUUUGACGCUCGCUAUGGGCGGGUUUUCACUGGACAUGCAUACCGAUGACGACUCGCCCUGCUCGGACAGUGGCUGUGGCGGUUCCCCGGCGCCCUUUUUGCUCCACCGAAAGCUAUCCAGCUCCUCUUCUGCUGGAUUAUCAUCUGCUUCAUCGUUUGAGGAGUCGGAGGAUGAUUUCACAGGCAGUGACAUUGAGCCCACCAGUCUGUCCCCCAGUAUGUGCAGCAUGUUUGGGAGUUCUGAUGAGUUGGCAGGGACUAAAUCGUGGAGGAACUUAAAGACCGUGGUGCACUGCUCACCAUUUGUGGUUUCCUUUAAGAAACGAUAUCCUUGGGUUCAGCUGGCUGGCCAUGCAGGUAGUUUUCAGGCGGGAGAGUACGGGAAACUAUUGAAGAAGUAUUGUGAAUGUGAGCAUCAGUGUCUUCAGAAGCUGAUGAAUGACCAACUCAGUCCAUUUGUACCUGGUUACCAUGGUGUUGUGCAGCGGAAUGACCAGGAUUACAACCUGAUGGACGAUCUGCUGGCUAACUUCAACUCCCCUUCGAUCAUGGAUUGCAAGAUGGGAAGCAGGACAUACCUGGAAGAAGAGCUGGUGAAGGCACGUGAGCGUCCUCGGCUGAGAAAGGACAUGUAUGAGAAAAUGGUGGCUGUGGACCCAGAAGCGCCCAGUCCUGAGGAGAGAGCCCAGCAGGCUGUUCUCAAACCCCGCUACAUGCAGUGGAGGGAGACUCUGAGUUCAACCACAACCCUUGGCUUUCGAAUAGAGGGCAUCAAGAAAUCAGAUGGUACAUGCAACACCAACUUUAAAAAAACCAAACAUAAGGAGCAAGUGAUGAAAGCCUUGGGUGACUUUGUGGAUGGCAGCACACAGUUACUGAGGAGUUACCUGCAGAGACUGGAGGAAUUGCGCAGCACUCUGGAGACCUCUGAGUUCUUCAGGACACAUGAGGUGGUUGGGAGUUCUUUGCUUUUUGUGCAUGAUGCUUCAGGUCUGGCCCGAGUUUGGAUGAUUGACUUUGGUAAAACAGUCCCACUGCCACCUUCCCAAACUCUGGACCACCGCACGCCCUGGACCGAGGGAAACCGAGAGGACGGGUACCUGUGGGGUCUGGACAACCUAAUUCAGAUCUUUGGUGACAUGCUUCAGGACACUGCCUCUCCCCUACCCUGAUGGAUAAAUUGAAACUUAUUCAGCCCUAAAGAUCACGUGGAGGAACACGUUGAUUGAGGGAUGGCUCCUUCUCAAUGUAUGCACAAAGAAGACAUAAGACCUAAGGUGACGGUGUUUUUUUUUCUGUGUUGUGAGAACAAAUCUCAAAUGAGUGCAAAAACUGGAGUUGUCGACCAACUUUUGGAAUUCAGUGGUCAGCAAGUUCUGCAUUCUUCUCUUGCACGUGUGGCCGUGCAUAUGCACUGAUACUGAACCAAAACAGUUGGUGAAGAGUAACAGAUGAGAAAUCAGUCUGUGGGUUCUGUGUGGGUUCUUUUAACAUCUUUUGGAAUGGAGUGGCAAUGUAGAACUUUUUUAGGACACACCCAUGCUUGUUAUUUUAAGAAUAUUUGCAAAGUUCACUUUUUCAUUUUCCCUAAAGGUUUGUUUAUAACACUACUGGAAAUGCGCUUUGCUCAGUUUAUUUUAAUUUUUCUUGUAAAAUUCUGUCUGGGUUUCCACGGUUGUGUAAAUAAUACUUAUUUAAUUAUAUUGAAACUGCAGGGUUUGUUUUAUAUAUAUAUAUAUAUGUAUGUAUAUUUUUUUUUUUUUACUACUGUGAUGUUAAGACAAAUGCUAUAUAACUCCUGUUUUAAUUGUUUGAUUCCCAUUUAUCUCUAACUUAGUACCUCAUUUACUUUAGAAAGAUGGUAUCUAACUGCUGCAAAUAACAGUUUUAGGGCCUGAACUAAAGGGAGGUAAAACAUGCCGUUUUCAGAAGCCUUCGGUUUGCAGUGUGGCUUGUCACUUGUCUUUUUUUUAUUUAUUUUUUUUUUUAUCUAUGAUUCAUUUGAGAUAUUCAUUUUUGCUGAUACUAGUGAUGUUUGAUAUUUCCAUGACAUAUGUCCUAUAGACCUAGAAUGUUAAAAUUUUGCAAACUGUUUUAAUUACUGCAAACUUUUAAUUAGCAUGGUCUAUAUAGCUGUCCAAACAUUAAUAAUGUCACUCUAGUUCAGAAUGUAAUGACUAACAAACGUUGAAACUGAUUUUGAAUUUUUAAAAACAUUCUUGGACUACCCAUAAGUGCUUUGCCCAUGACAAUGAAACUGAGAGGACUUCACUAAGAUUGUAUUAGUCUAUUUACUAAGUAGAAAGAACAGUGUUGGAGUUUUUUAAACUAGCCAAAGUAACAAAGAUGCAUAACAAGCUAACAAGUAUGUUUGUGCUCAUUAACACUCUACAGUUCAGUGUGCUUCAGUGGAAUAGUUACAUUUAAGUUUGUUUACACUUGGGUAAUUGUUGUUUUGGGUGAUAUCUCUGUGACUGACUGUUUUCAGUGUUAGCUUUGCACAGUUUUUCAUGCAAGUUUCGAAAAAUUGGGUUUUCAGUGGUUAACCCUCUUUAUCUGCACAGCCAACCAUUAGAAGCCUACAUUUUAUAGAUAAUUUUCUUAGCUUUUUGUUUAGUAGUACACAAAGCCAGAAUGAACUCUGAUCAUCAUAGCAGAUGCUCCUGGACUAUACCUUGAUAUUCGUCAUUACAUCAGAAAUAUCACUUCAUUUGCAUGAAGAACAAAUCUUACAGGUUUUGGAGGUUGAUCUCUGAAACUAUCUGGUGGAAAAUUGCUCCGUGAACCAUAUCAGCUGAUAAAAAUUGUGGCCCCUGAUGUCAUCCACAUGUGUUCUCAAAUUAGGUGCUGUGGUCAGUGUGAGAAAAAAAACUUUUUCCAUCAACACUUCCUUUUUGCCUCAUGCCACAAGCUGUUAUUCAGAAAUAUUUGAUUUCAGAGAUAGACAUUAGAUAAUAUCCUCUUGCACAAUGCCACAAACAUUACUAAAGUUAUUAACUCAACUAUAGACAUUUGUUUAUAGAACGUAAUGUUGUACCACUAUUUCUUUUUCUUUGAUUUUUAUAGCUUCACAGGUUGUAGUUAUUUGGACUUGCAGUGUGCAGGAGAAGGCUGUCUGUCUGUUGGUUUGUCUGUCAACAUUCCAGUAUAUUCAUUCUGACUGUGGAGACCGUGCUAAUAAUCAAACAUUCCUCUCCGAGAUCCAUUGCCUUGUUUAUGGCAUUGUUCAAAUUUGUUUCGAACUACCGGACUGCAUGUUUUUGAGGUGGAUGUGUUUUAUGUGGGGAAGAGAACUGGCUAGUGUGUUGACUUGGUGGGUUGUCUCUGCCUAUUUUGUACCGAGUGAGACAAAAUUUUAAUUGUAAUAGGGACAUUCUGGACUUAUUUGUCCUUUAAUGCAUGUUGUCUUGAAAGUCAAUCCAAUAAACUGGAACUAUUAUUGUUUUA